AUGAAGGUUGCCGCCUUACCUAAGCUCACCUCCCUCGCAGGAUUUUCCGCCCGCCCGCAUAAGCGGCAGCCAAUCGUGGCGCCCAUCCACCUCCUCUCCCAGCAGCGGCGCGGCGGACUCGCCGACUGGGGCAUGAAUACCGCACCAUACACCCCGCUCGAGUCGCUGCUCCUGUUCCAAGCCCUCCUCGUCCACGGCGUCGAGGCCGCUGCCUUUGCCCGCGUCUCGGAUCUCCUCAAGGCGAACGCUCUCAUCCGGCAUGACGCGUCCUACGACGCCGCACGCCUCAGCCCUGAUGCCCUGCGCCAGCUCUUCCUGCACCUAGUGCGGGAGGAGCUCAGGAGUGAGGCCGCCGCCAAUGCGAAUGCCAGCCCGAACCCGAACACCGACGCCAACCCAGCACUGUCGCCGAACUCGAGGAAGCGAAAGGCCCAGAGUCCUCCUCUACCGUCGCUGAAGGAGGUCAUCGACAACUUUGGGAAGAUCCCCGUGCUGGUAGAGAAGCUUUACGCCAGGUAUCGGGAGCAGACGGUCAGGGCCAUCAGGGAGGAUGAGCGCAGGGCCGUCGCUCUGCAGCGGGAGAUUCAUGCUCUGGAGCAGGCCGAACGUGAGGAAGAAAAGGCCCGGCUUGACGCGAAACGCUUGCCAGCAGCUGCGCAGGCCCAAACUGCCACACCCGUGCCGGCGCCAUCACCAACACCAACGCCAACGCCCGAUCUUCAACGCCCGCUCAACCACCAAGGGCCCAGUCCCGUUCCCGCAUACGCUCAUACGCGCCAUCACAGGCCCGUCGCGAUCCAGCCAGCACCGUACCACAAGCGCAGGACACCGUCCCUGACACCCCAAGGCAAGGCUCAGCAGCCCUUCAAGCCAACAGGCCCCCCAAGUCAGGUCCUUCAACCGCCGAUGGGCGCCAGCCAGCCGCCGCCACGCAACCUGCAAUCGACAACACCAGUGCCCUUGCCCGCGGUCUGCCCAGGGCCAGAUGCCGCAAAGCCAAAGACGCCUGGACCAGCAGCGGCCGUGCCUGUGCCCAUUCCCCAACCCGGAACCCCGAGCACGCUCAAAUGGGAGAAGCCAUACCAGCCCCCUGGAUCGGCGGCGCCGCUCCAGGGACGCCCUACACAACCACAGCCACUGGCAACCAAUGCGCCGUCUACACCUGGACAGGCGCAGCCGACUGCUACUUGGCAUCCACCUCCCCAAGGUCAACAGCCUUCCAACGCACCUCAAGCGCACGCUCAGGCUCAAGCUCCUGUUCAAGCCCCUGCCCAGACUGUACAUCACGCCAAUGUACAAGUACCACGACCACAGCAGCCACCUUUACAGCAUCAGCAGCCGGUACUCGUUCCCCCACAAGCUGGAGGUCAACUCGUGCCGCCUUCACAUCCGGCCAGCCGUGCUACACCAAGUCUCCAACCUACUCAGCCCAUUGCGGCGCCUCAAAGACCACCAUCGACGACCCCAGUCCCCUCUCCGGCUGUUCCUCAGGCGCGCCCCGCCUCUGCUCAACCACAACAACCCCCUACGCAAGCUGCGACCGGCUACGUUCCACCUCAGAACCGGCCUAUCGCUGCAGCUCCAGCUCCAGCUGCUUUAACUCCAGCUACUCAGCAGCAGACGCUGGUGCCGCCACCAGGCUGGGUGGUUCAGCCUCCUUCGCAGCAGACGCAGCAACAGCCUGGCCACACGCCGCAACAUGUGCAGCAGCAAUUCAGUCCUUCGCCUACCCCAUCGCACCCACAGAACCAGCCUGGUACCGUGCAGAAGCGCGUUAGCUCACCUUACACCAAUCAGCCUCCGAAGCCCGCCAUCCCAGCUCACUUGGCCGGUCAACUGCCUGCUUCACCAUCUCCGGCGCAGCGCAUCCCUAGCAGUUUCGUUCCGCCCAAGACUCCGGUGGCCAGUUCCCCUUCCUUCAUAAUGACCGGGUCGGGCACGCGAUGGACGGCAAAGUCAACCCCUUCGACACCACGACCACCUGCGCAGGGCCGACCGUCUGGAGAUAUCCCUAGUCCGGCCUUCGAGCCACUUAGUCCUGUGCUUGCGUCGGACAAUCUUCCAGCGCCCACGCCAUCGCAGGCACCACCGUCACAGCAAGCGACACCCAAGGCGGAGCCAAAGCUGAAACCAAAGCAAGAACCGUUACCCAAAUCCGUCGAAUCCGUGCCGAAAGAGCCGAAAGAGACAAAGGAGGGCAAACCAAAGCGUGGAAGGCCGUCUCGGAAUGCGCAAAGAGAUUCCGCGCAGGAGACGCCUUCACGGAUCGUCGCGCGAAGCCAGUCCGUGGCUUCCCAGGCCGAUGAGCUCUCUAUGGAUGAUCAUGAGCUGGCGCCGCGUGUUAAGAACGAAGAGGCCACGCCAAGACCACCAGAUGAGGCUGGCGAUACGACGGCAGAUGAGAGUGGCCCAAGCCGACGACAUGCCGUCACACCCAGCAGCGUGUCGUCCCGUCUAGCGCACAAGCGAAAGCGUCAGGAAUCCCCUGUAGAACUACCCCCCCAACCCGCCAGCACGCCAACACACGUGCUCUGGACCCGUCAGUUUGGCAAGAUCAGUAACCCUGCCCUGGAUCAGAUCAGCAGCCACCGUUGUGCCAACCAGUUUGCUCAUGCGAUUCGCGAGCGAGAUGCGCCAGGGUACAAGGGCCUCAUUCUGCAACCGCAGGACAUCAAAUCGAUCCGAGCUGCCAUGACCCACGGCAACAGGGCCGCAGUGGAAGCGGCCAAGAAGCUCCCUGACGGCGAUCCCGGCACGCCGACGCUAUGGCUCCCGAUCAGCAGCGAUCUGUUGCCGCCCAAGUCCAUCAUCAACAGCGAGCAGCUGGAGCGCGAGCUGGUUCACAUGUUCUCCAACGCCAUCAUGUACAACCUGGAUCCGUACCGCGGCCCAGGUAAUUCGUUCAUGAAGCGCGAGGCCUCGGUGGACGGCGAAGGCGACGCUGAGCCCUCAACCUACCGUGUCGACGAAGACGCGGUCGUCCGCGACUCGCGCAUCAUGUUCGUCGAGGUGGAGCGCCUCCUGGGCGAUCUCAGGGCGGCCGAGAGGGAUCGCAGCGGGCUGCCACCUUCGGGGAGCGGCAGCGCGCGACCCACGAGCGUGGCCGCGACGCCUAGGGGCGAGAGCACGCCGGCGGCGCAGACGGCUGAUGAUGACAUGGACGAGCUGGCGGGCGAUGAGAACACGGGCUCGACGUACAAGAGACGGCGUAUCGGCACGCGCGACGCCGGGUCUCGUGCUUAG